UUUCUUGGGCGACGAAAGGCCAUUUUCUUUGGAUAUUGUAGGCUACAGAUCACGGAUUUGGCCUGAGGCUAUUCUCCAAUGAUGAUUGAGUCCAUUAAGCAACGAUUUUGGUGGAUUUAUUGCGGGUCAAAUUUUGGCAGAUUCCAAAGGGGUACCAUCACAGAUUUGGGCGAUUUAUCCGAAAUGCCAUUUUCUUUCGAUUCUGGAGACUACUGAUCACGGAAUCAGGCCGAGGCUAUUCUCCACCGAUAAUGAAGUCUAUUGAUCCUAUUCUCCACGGAUGAUAAGUCUGUUAAGCAUCGAUUUGGGCCAAUUUAUUUUCGAAUGACAUUUUCGUAUUUUCUUGUGCGACGAAAGGCAAUUUUCUUUGGAUAUUGAAGGCUACAGAUCUCGGAUUCGGCCUGAGGGUAUUCUCCAACGAUGAUUGAGCCCAUUAAUCACCGAUUUGGUCGGAUUUAUUCCUGGUCAAUUUUUGGCAGAUUCCAAAGGGGUACCAUCACAGAUUUCGGGCGAUUUAUCCGAAAUGCCAUUUUCUUUUGAUUCUGGAGGCUACUUAUCACGGAAUCAGGCCGAGGCUAUUCUCCACCGAUAAUGAAGUCUAUUGAUCCUAUUCUCCACGGAUGAUAAGUCCGUUAAGCAUCUAUUUGGGCCAAUUUAUUUUCGAAUGACAUUUUCGUAAUUUCUUGUGCGACGAAAGGCCAUUUUCUUUGGAUAUUGAAGGCUACACAUCACGGAUUCGGCCUGAGGCUAUUCUCCAACGAUGAUUGAGUCCAUUAAGCACCGAUUUUGGUGGAUUUAUUCCGGGUCAAAUUUUGGCAGAUUCCAAAGGGGUACCAUCACAGAUUUUAGGCGAUAUAUCCGAAAUGCCAUUUUCUUUCGAUUCUGGAGGCUACUGAUCACGGAAUCAGGCCGAGGCUAUUCUCCACCGAUAAUGAAGUCUAUUGAUCCUAUUCUCCACGGAUGAUAAGUCCGUUAAGCAUCGAUUUGGGCCAAUUUAUUUUCGAAUCCCAUUUCGUAAUUACUUGGUCGGCGAAAGGCAAUUUUCUUUGGAUAUUGAAGGCUACAGAUCACGGAUUCGGCCUGAGGCUAUUCUCAAACGAUGAUUGAGUCCAUUAAGCACCGAUUUGGGAGGAUUUAUUCCGGGUCAAUAUUUGGCAGAUUCCAUAGGGGUACCAUCACAGAUUUCGGGCCAUUUAUCCGAAAUGCCAUUUUCUUUCGAUUCUGGUGGCUACGGAUCACGAAAUCAGGCCGAGGCUAUUCUCCACCGAUAAUGAAGUCUAUUGAUCCUAUUCUCCACGGAAGAUAAGUCCUUUAAGCAUGGAUUUCGGCCAAUUUAUUUUCGAAUGGCAUUUUCGUAAUUUCUUGGGCGACGAAAGGCCAUUUUCUUUGGAUAUUGAAGGCUACAGAUCUUGUAUUCGGGUUGAGGCUAUUCUCCAACGAUGAUUGAGUCCAUCAAGCACCGAUUUGGUCGGAUUUAUUCCGGGUCAAUUUUUGGCAGAUUCGAAAGGGGUACCAUCACAGAUUUCGGGCGAUUUAUCCGAAAUGCCAUUUUCUUUCGAUUCUGGAGGCUACAGAUCACGGAAUCAGGCCGAGGCUAUUCUCCACCGAUAAUGAUGUCUAUUGAUCAUAUUCUCCACGGAUGAUAAGUCCGUUAAGCAUGGAUUUGGGCCAAUUUAUUUUCGAAUGGCAUUUUCGUAAUUUCUUGGUCGACGAAAGGCCAUUUUCUUUGGAUAUUGAAGGCUACAGAUCACGGAUUCGGCCUGAGGCUAUUCUCCAACGAUGUUUGAGUCCAAUAAGCAUCGAUUUGGGCGGAUUUAUUCCGGGUCAGUUUUUGGCAGAUUCCAAAGGGGUACCAUCACAGAUUUCGGGCGAUUUAUCCGAAAUGCCAUUUUCUUUUGAUUCUGGAGGCUACUUAUCACGGAAUCAGGCCGAGGCUAUUCUCCACCGAUAAUGAAGUCUAUUGAUCCUAUUCUCCACGGAUGAUAAGUCCGUUAAGCAUGGAUUUGGGCCAAUUUAUUUUCGAAUGGCAUUUUCGUAAUUACUUGUGCGACGAAAGGCCAUUUUCUUUGGAUAUUGAAGGCUACAGAUCACGGAUUCGGCCUGAGGCUAUUCUCCAACGAUGAUUGAGUCCAUUAAGCACCGAUUUGGGCGGAUUUAUUCCGGGUCAGUUUUUCGCAUAUUCCAAAGGGGUACCAUCACAGAUUUCGGGUGAUUUAUCCGAAAUGCCAUUUUCUUUCGAUUCUGGAGGCUAGUGAUCACGGAAUCAGGCCGAGGCUAUUCUCCACCGGUAAUGAAGUCUAUUGAUCCAAUUCUCCACGGAUGAUAAGUCCGUUAAGCAUGGAUUUGGGCCAAUUUAUUUUCGAAUGGCAUUUUCGUAAUUACUUGGGAGAUGAAAGGCCAUUUUCUUUGGAUAUUGAAGGCUACAGAUCACGGAUUCGGCCUGAGGCUAUUCUCCAACGAUGAUUGAGUCCAUUAAGCACCGAUUUGGGCGGAUUUAUUCUGGGUCAAUUUUUGGCAGAUUCCAAAUGGGUACCAUUACAGAUUUCGGGCUAUUUAUCGCAAAUGCCAUUUUCUUUCGAUUCUGGAGGCUACAAAUCACGAAAUCAGGCUGAGGCAAUUCUCCACCGAUAAUGAAGUCUAUUGAUCCUAUUCUCCACGUAUGAUAAUUCCGUUAAGCAUCGAUUUGGGCCAAUUUAUUUUCGAAUGGCAUUUUCGAAAUUUCUUGGGCGACGAAAGGCCAUUUUCUUUGGAUAUUGUAGGCUACAGAUCACGGAUUCGGCCUGAGGCUAUUCUCCAACGAUGAUUGAGUCCGUUAUGCACCGAUUUUGUUGGAUUUAUUGCAGGUCAAAUUUUGGCAGGUUCCAAAGGGGUACCAUCACAGAUUUCGGGCGAUUUAUCCGAAAUGCCAUUUUCUUUCGAUUCUGGAGGCUACUGAUCACGGAAUCAGACCGAGGCUAUUCUCCACCGAUAAUGAAGUCUAUUGAUCCUAUUCUCCACGGAUGAUAAGUCCGUUAAGCAUCGAUUUCGGCUAAUUUAUUUACGAAUGACAUUUUCGUAAUUUCUUGUGCGACGAAAGGCCAUUUUCUUUGGAUAUUGAAGGCUACAGAUCACGGAUUCGGCCUGAGGCUAUUCUCCAACAAUGAUUGAGUCCAUUAAGCACCGAUUUGGGCGGAUUUAUUCCUGGUCAGUUUUUGGCAGAUUCCAAAGGGGUACCAUCACAGAUUUCGGGCGAUUUAUCUAAAAUGCCAUUUUCUUUCGAUUCUGGAGGCUACUGAUCACGGAAUCAGGCCGAGGCUAUUCUCCACCGAUAAUGAAGUCUAUUGAUCCUAUUCUCCACGGAUGAUAAGUCCGUUAAGCAUCGAUUUGGACCAAUUUAUUUUCGAAUCGCAUUUCGUAAUUACUUGGGCGGCGAAAGGCAAUUUUCUUUGGAUAUUGAAGGCUACAGAUCACGGAUUCGUUCUGAGGCUAUUCUCAAACUAUGAUUGAUUCCAUUAAUCACCGAUUUGGGAGGAUUUGUUCCGGGUCAAUUUUUGGCAGAUUCAAUAGGGGUACCAUCACCGAUUUCAGACGAUUUAUCCGAAAUGCCAUAUUCUUUCGAUUCUGGUGGCUACAGAUCACGAAAUCAGGCCGAGGCUAUUCUCCAUCGAUAAUGAAGUCUAUUGAUCCUAUUCUCCACGGAUGAUAAGUCCUUUAGGCAUGGAUUUCGGCCAAUUUUUUUUCGAAUAGCAUUUUCGUAAUUUCUUGGGCGACAAAAGGCCAUUUUCUUUGGAUAUUGAAGGCUACAGAUCUUGUAUUCGGGUUGAGGCUAUUCACCAACGAUGAUUGAGUCCAUUAAGCACCGAUUUGGGAGGAUUUAUUCCGGGUCAAUUUUUGGCAGAUUCGAAAGGGGUACCAUCACAGAUUUUGGGCGAUUUAUCCGAAAUGCCAUUUACUUUCGAUUCUGGAGUCUACAGAUCACGGAAUCAGGCCGAGGCUAUUCUCCAUAGAUAAUGAAUUUUAUUGAUCCUAUUCUCCACGAAUGAUAAGUCCGUUAAGCAUCGAUUUGGGCCAAUUUAUUUUCGAAUGGCACUUUCGUAAUUUCUUGGGCGACGAAAGGCCAUUUUCUUUGGAUAUUGAAGGCUACAGAUCACGGAUUCGGCCCGAGGCUAUUCUCCAACGAUGAUUGAGCCCAUUAAGCAUCGAUUUUGGCGGAUUUAUUCCGGAUCAAAUUUUGGCAGAUUGCAAAGGGGUACCAUCACAGAUUUCGGGCUAUUUUUCCGAAAUGCCAUUUUCUUUCGAUUCUGGAGACUACUGAUCACGGAAUCAGGCCGAGGCUUUUCUUCACCGAUAAUGAAGUCUAUUGAUCCUAUUAUCCAUGGAUGAUAAGUCCGUUAAGCAUCGAUUUGGGCCAAUUUAUUUUCGAAUGGCAUUUUCGUAAUUUCUUGGGCGACGAAAGGCCAUUUUCUUUGGAUGUUGAAGGCUACGGAUCACGAAUUCGGCCUGAGGCUAUUCUCCAACGAUGAUUGAGUCCAUUAAGCACUGAUUAGGGCGGAAUUAUUCCCGGUCAAUUUUUGGCAGAUUCCAAAGGGGUACCAUCACAUAUUUCAGGCGAUUUAUCCAAAAUGCCAUUUUCUUUCGAUUCUGGAGGCUACAGAUCACGGAGUCAUGCCGAGGCUAUUCUCCACCGAUAAUGAAGUCUAUUGAUCCUAUUCUCCACGGAUGAUAAGUCCGUUAAGCAUCGAUUUGGGCCAUUUUAUUUUUGAAUGACAUUUUCAUAAUUUCUUGGGCGACGAAAGGCCAUUUUCUUUAGAUAUUGAAGGCUACAGAUCACGGAUUCGGCAUGAGGUUAUUCUCCCACGAUGAUUGAGUCCAUUAAGCACCGAUUCGGGCAGAUUUAUUCCGAGUCAAUUUUUGGCAUAUUCCAAAGGGGUACCAUCAAAGAUUUCGGGCGUUUUUAUCUGAAAUGCCAUUUUCUUUCAAUUCUGGAGGCUACAGAUCACGAAAUCAGGCAGAGGCUAUUCUCCACCGAUAAUGAAGUCUAUUGAUCCUA